AUGGACGCCCGAUGCCAGUGCGGGGCCGUGGCCUUCAAGACGCCGCUGCCGAAGCCGCUGCGCCUGUACAUCUGCCACUGCGAGGAGUGCAAGCGCCAGACGGGCUCCGCGUUCGGAACGUCGGCCAUCUUCCCCAAGUUCCAACUGCCCAAGGCCGACCUGUUGGGCGUCUAUGCUUACUUCUGCCGAAACUGCGGGACACGCUUAAUCCACACCACACCGGACAAGAACGUCAUCUCCGUCAAGGGCGGCUGCAUCGACGGCCUCGACUGGAAGACGGCCGUCCACAUCUGGACCAAGAACGCCAUGGUCCCCAUCCCCGAGGGCGCCGAAUCGCACCCCGAGGAGGCCGAGUACACGGACUACGGGCCUACACAGGAGGCCCUGGAUCAGCCGACGGGCUUGCGCGGGAGCGGCGGCACUCCGCCGCCUGUUGGCCUCGACGGGCGUUGUGAGCUAAGCGGGAAGGCCAUCGCUGGCUGA